UUGGGCUAAAGUUUCGCUUCCAGUUUAUCUCUAGCUAGUAUAAAUAAUAAUAACACGGUUAAGACUUGGAGAAAGGCUAGAUAUAAAAAUACGGAUAUCCAAUAUAUAAUACGUGCCUCACUAUUUUCAUAAAUAUUCCAGUCUAGAAUUUGAUAUUUCUGCACAAAGUAGCACUCAGUGUGAUCCCUGAAGAUACAGAAUGUCAGUCGACAGUGUUUUUCGGACGCGUUCUCUCGGCGUUGCUUCCGUGGGGCUUCCUGAUCAAUAUGCCGACGGAAAAGCAGCAAAGGUGUGGCAGCUGUACAUCGGAGACACGCGGAGUAGAACGGAAGAAUACAAAAGCUGGGUGGUGUCCCUGCUAAAACAGCACGAUGUGCAAAGGAUACUGGAUGUUGCCUGCGGCACAGGCGUGGACUCCAUCAUGUUGGUGGAGGAGGGAUUUAUGAUGACGAGCGUGGACGCCAGCGACAAAAUGCUCAAGUACGCCCUGAAGGAAAGGUGGGAGAGAAGAAAAGAGCGUGCCUUUGACCAGUGGGUGAUCGAGGAGGCCAACUGGCUGACGCUAACAGAAGAUGUGCAGAAGCCAGGGAAUGGGUUUGAUGCAGUCAUCUGCCUGGGAAACUCCUUCGCUCACUUGCCAGACUUCAAAGGGGACCAGAGUGAUCAGAAGUUAGCCCUGCAGAAUAUCGCCAGCAUGGUGAGACCAGGGGGCAUCCUAAUCAUCGACCACCGUAACUACGACUAUAUUCUGGAGACAGGCCGAGCGCCCCAAGGCAAGAACAUCUACUACAAGAGUGAUCUUACUCAGGACAUCACCACCUCUGUGCUGUGGGUCGACAACAAGCCUCACAUGAUCACCCUGGACUACACCGUACAGGUGCCAGAGGGCCCACAGAGUUCCCCCGAACUCAGCAAAUUCCGCCUGUCCUAUUACCCUCACCGUAUUGACAACUUCAAAGAGAUCCUGACGGGAGCUUUCCACGGGAAGUGUGAGCACAGUGUCUACGGCGACUUCAAGACCUACACCCCCGGCCAGAGCCAGGCCCCCUGCUACUUCAUCCACGUGGUCAAGAAGACUGCUUAGGGACCCCACAACUUUCCCACGAUUUUGUGUAUCAACCCUCAAUAUUUCUCCCUACACUUUCUGUCAUGUCUCUUCUGCUGACCCUUCUGUUCAAACCGCCUCUUCUCCCUUUCUGAACCAAAACAAACCUGAGCCCAAAUGCCCAUAUUCAUGCUGUUCGAUCCCUUGGUCUUUCAGCGACUUUUAACUCUCAGGCAACGUAAGAGACGAGACACUCAACAGCCAUCUUGAGUGAUGUGAAAGCAUCUACCAACCAUGCUUGGUAGUAUUUUGUCAGCCGGAGAUUGUCAAGCAAAUAACUGCCGUUCUCACAGUAAUUUACAAUUUAAUUAACAUAAACACGUUUAGCAUCUCCUGGCUUCCACACACAGCCUACAAGCCACUGAUGCAGACCUUUUGGAACAUCUACAUUUAAUCACAACUCUAAUAAAUACAUUUAAUAUAGCCUACACCAUCACAAUAAAUCCAUUAUUUAUUUUAGACCAGUCUAAAGAAACAUGAAGAAAAUGUAGUCUAUUUCAGAAGAACAGAAUAGCAUACUCUGAGUUGUCCUUGUUAGACUCUGAUCUCGCUAUGCCAAAAAGGCUGUGGGCUACACUAGUACAUUUAGCAGAUGAGUUGCUUAGUAUUCUGUGGCAUUAUUUUAUAGUAUGAAGAAUACAUUUGAACGUGGCUGAAUAAAAUGGAAACGAUAUUUUCUCCAAACCGUUACCGAGGGACUGCACACAUGUGGCUAUUCUGUGUUGAGCGGUUAACAAAGAAACAGGUCAUCCUAAAAGCUUAAUUUAGUUAUUUAUGCAGCUUUAGUUGUGAUAUGUUUAGAUUUUAGGCUGCAUGAUGAGACUUAAAAAAAUCAUUAGUCGCAUGAAAUCCAAGAGUUCUGCUUUGUUUCUUGUGCAGGCUGCACACACUUCAUCAGUCUCUCAUUCACAAUUUGACAAGAGCUUGAUGAUAAUAUUCUCACCAGGCCUCGAAUUUCCUAACGGCAUCCCCCUUUGUGUGGCUGUAAUGCUCCCUAAAACAAAUCCAUGCCAUUUGCAGCCAUAGUGGCCUGAAUAUAAUAAUUAUAAUUCUCCUGGCAGCUGUGCUCUAACGCACCUCUCACUCACAUGGCUCUCUGAUAUCUCAAUUCUUAUUAGCUAAUGCCCGUCAUGUGAUCGGGUCCUUCUCACAUGCAUCUCAGCCCCGAAGUAGGCUACAAGUGAAGACGGACACAUCAGGGACGCAGCUGCGCAUGUCCCUAUUAUCGAAUUCUGAGGCGCAUAUUGAAGAUGUUAAAACUGUCCACAUUUUACUUUAUGUCAGCCAACAAGAUGAGUAGGCCUAACGAACAGCAAAAGCACUAGCCUAAGUAGAUUGACUGUCUCCCAUAGUACAAAAGCUGAUCUAUUCUAUUGGUCAACUUGUCCAAACAUACACUGGGACAGUUGUGGGAUGUGAUAGAUCACAAAUGAAUACAACCAGUUGCAUCAAAAAACCUUUAAAAGCAAUGAGGCUGAUGCAGCAGAUCCGAACAUUAAGCUUAAAAUCUUGUUCGGCUACUUCACAUUUGAAAGUGCAGCAAAUCUCACACGGCAGUAGGCUAUAGAUGUGAAUGUUGCAAAAUGCAAUCCAUAUGCAGGAAAACACUUCUCAAUGUGACCGCAAAUGUGAUUUAUGCAUGUAAUGCAUUAUAUAAAGGUGCAUUUUUAUGGUGAAAAUUAUCUUCACCAAACUCACGCGCUGCCUAUGUAUGCUAGUUAGGCUCUACACCGGUUGUAAACCAGAUUUAAUGUGCUUCAUUUUAAGUUAUUUGGCCACUAGUUAUGAUACAAAACUUUUGAUAAGGUUUGUAUCAUGAAGUCAUUUUUUUUUUUAAAAGGAUGUGCUCUUUCUUGCCUUACUGCACACAUUCACAAGUGAUGGGCUGUUUUCACCCAUCAGACGGUCCAUUUAACCCUGUCUUUACAUAUACUAAAUAAUGUGUGUGAAAUUAGUUUUGAUUUAGAAUGGACCAAUAUCAAUAGCAGGGUGAAAAAAUACAUGUAAUCUAUGAACUUAAAUGGCGAGUAGAGGACGCUUUUCCCAUGGUUAAUUUUCAUGCCAGCCAGGUAGGCUAUAAUCCUGUUGUAAAGUGAAGCAAUGUGCUUAAUAUUGGGAAAGUUGAGAAAUAAAUAUAUUAGGCCGAGCCUCUAGAAAGCUGAUGAGAUCCCCUUUUUUGGAAAUUGCGUAGCCUAAAGAAAUGUUAUGCAACAUGAGCCCAUGGGCUCUCAUCAAGUGUUUGAAUUAGAUUUUUGAACACAUUUGCAUAGAUGUCAGAGUGAUUAGAGGGACAAUAGAGUGCUCAUUACCAGGCAGUUGGCAAGCUUGGUAGGCUACUAACAAUCAGCAGCACUCUGAGCUUGGAGAAGCCUAGUUACCGUGGCUAAACGGUCACAUGGAAUCUGACUGCGGUCAUGACUCGUGACCGCCGGUGUGGCGGUAAUACGGUCAUCGUAACAGCCCUACUUGGGAGCUAACGCUCAAAGGCAUGAGCCUUCGGUUUUUAGUGAAUGCAUCUGGGUCCCAUUGUUAAAGUUGCACUCAUUGACCCAUGUAAGUCCCUCAUUGCAAAAGCUUAGAGCACCAUCUCUGUCACACUUUUCUCCCCUAAUGAUUACAACGAUCAUCCUUUCAAGUCCUAUAUUCAGACUUCAGUCAUUUGGCAUUGCCCCACACACUGAGGUCAGAAGACCGUUGCAUGGUUCAAUCAAAAAGGCCUCUCUUUGUGUCUCCAGAUAUUAAUUUUAAAACUUUAAUCGGCUUGUUGGUCAGCCAAAAACAGUUUGUACUUUUGGUGGGGUAUUUUGAGGAAUGCUCUUAGACUCAUACACAAGGAAAGUGUUGUAGACACAGCACUGUGAGCUGAUAAACCAAAAUAAUGAUCUAUGUCCCCCCCUGCUGGUUGAGUAUAAUACAAAGAAUUUAAAGAGGAACUUCCUUCAAUGUUCCAAUGGGCAUUGAAGAUGUACAGUACAAAAACAGUGAAACUAUCGGCCAAUUACUUAACUUUUGUAUCGACUUGUUUUGAUCCAAGUUUUAUUCAACAUUAGUCGCCUUUGCAAAAUCCAGGGAUUAUUCAAAUGGUAUGAUAGACUGAUUUGGCCGUAAGUGACCCUUGCAAACAAGGUACUGAAAUGUUUUUUUUUUCCACUGAAAAAUCUUUGAGUUUGCUCUACUCUCAAAGAAAUGCUUUACUUCAUGAAUAUAUUUUCAUGAUCCAAAGAUUUGAUUGAUCAAAUGACCGCACACUUGCUUAAUUUUUAUUUAUUUCACUCUCAACUCUGAAUAUAGUUCAUCUUAACUUUCCUCAAAGAAGAUUGGACAUUAUUCAUAAAAAUUGGUCAUAACAUCAAACCAAAAUGGGACAAAUCAAAUGUCAUGCAUCACAACUGCUGUUUUAUUUUGUUAACUUGUGAAUAAAAUAAAAGUGUAAUUGUAAAUAUGGAACAUCCUUAUGUUGAAUAUAAAACGUAACAUUUUAUUGAAUUGUCCAACCCUUUUGGCCAAAUUUUAAUUGUUCUGAAUUUGGAAGCAUUUUGUCAUUUUAAGACAGUGAUUUGCCAAUUCAGUUUGUCAAAUUUGUAUGUUUUGGUAGUGAUAAUAAUAAACAUUUUUUUAAAUAAUGAGCUGCAGGACAACAAUGGAACAUUCUAUUUGGUUAUGGGAUUGGUAAAUUCUGAAAUGUUUUGUCGCCUAAUCACAACCUCAUGGUUAUCCUGCAGAUUUUAAAUGAUCUAAUAGGCAAUGGCUAAAGCUUUAGUGAAAUGCUUUUUAUUGAAAAUUCCACAUCAGAAGGCAAGGUGAAGCAAUGAGCACAUGGGGUUGAUUUGAGUUUAAAUGCUGAGAAGUUAGUAAGGUUUAAGUGGUUUGAAUGAAUAUAUUUUUAGGCUCUGAUUGGAUUUGACUGUUUAGAUUGUAUAAAUACAAAAAUAUCUUCCCUUGCAGAGAAAAGUUUUCUUUAAACAGUCUUACUCUGUUGUCAAGCCUUAGUACAACAAUGUUUAAAAUGUUUUGUUUUUUCCUUAUGUGAUUAUUGGAAUUGUUUUAUUGGACUGGAAUACAGAAGCUUUUAAGGAA